GUGCGGUUUGGAUUUGAGUCGUUACCUGAAAAAAAAAAAAAAAAAAACACGUCUACGGGUGUGUUUCUGGUUUACUGAAAUGCAGUAAAAGUGAGAAUUUGAAGAAAGCGAGUAAACAUUUCUAAGAAAAAACAAUCCCUCUUUUAUUAUUCUAGGAAUGCAGCAAACAUAUAGUCCUAAUUGACCUAAAACCGGAAACACACUGAGUCAGAUUUAAUGUCAAAAGCUAAGACCUGGUGUGUUUCUGCACGAAGCGAGUGCAAACGUCUGGUUUCAACCAUAUUUUGACCGUCGAUCGUCUCCCAGGUCAGUGACACUCUCUCGCAGCCUGGAGCCUGAAACUUGCUGCGGUCCUGCAGACGGGGGGCCUGCUGCUCCCUGCGUCCCUCUCGGAACGUGCCCCGCUCUGCUGAGAGCUGCCCUGCGGGGGGAGGAGCGGCGGAGGAGGAGGAGGUGCUGCUGCAGUGCAACACUGAUGCCAGUGGUCACCGACCUGGAGUACGAUGCUUUCAUUAUGGGCCAACCUCUCGACAGUAAACAGAUACUGGUGAUGUGUGUCACCGCACCUCAGCGGCCGGUUAACGCACACACAGCAGGCAGGUGGGAUGAUUUGGAGGAUCUCUACAGGAGGAGGAACGAGCAGAGGACCAUGCCAUGCACCCAGUGCCAGACGGACUCUUUUCGCCUGGUCAGGUACGAGAUGUCAGACGGGAUGGCGGGCUGUGGGCCGGAGAACGUUCUGCUGCAGCAGCGACACGCUGCCGCUCCUGGGAUGUUCCUGAUGUACCUCCAGGGGAAGCUGCUGUUUCUGGGCUACAUACGCGGAGGUGACAGCUGCUCUGCCGUGGAUCUUCAAAGGCAAAUCUGCAGGACCAGGAGAGACUCCAGGCUGGGUCUGAGUCUCCCUGCGGACCACAAGUUCAGUGAUGUGGUAAAAACUCCUGCAGCCACAGAAGCAUAGAUUGCGUCAGAAGCAGAAGGAUGUGACUCCAAGACGGCUGUUUCUGAGGAAGAAGGAAGAAGGAACUUCGCAACAUACAUGAUUUCAUCUAUCUCUCAUUUCUGCUAAUGAAUGUCACUAAUUGGACAUGCUAUGCAAAUAUCUAUGCCCUCUAAAACACUCUAUUUUGGCUUUUGCAAAUACUGAUUUAAAAGUGCUUCCGAGAUAUUUCUGUACUUCAGAGUAAAAUAUGAUUACAUUAGUUCUGCUAGGUUUUGACUGCUUAAUGUUACUCAAGAAACAGCAGCGAUACUAAAUACUAGUGUUAUUCAAAUAAAGGUAAAAACUUUGGUUUAGUGUUGGUGUUGUAGUUAAACUAAACCCAAAAGUAUGUUUGUUCCCUAAAGUUACUCAAGCAAAUGUAACUAGUUUCUUCCUCACUACUGAUCUUCAAAAAUAGUUCAAAAAUAGUUCAAUAUACUUAUAGUUGUAUUUUUUUUGGUUCAUUCAGUGUUUUUUUUCCCUGCACAAUAUGUGGAUAUAUAAUAAAGAUGUGAUAUUAGUUACUGUGUUCUCUCUUUCUUCUUUUUUUUAAGAAAAAAAUGUGAAUUAAUGAGCCAUCCCAAUAAUAGCUCCCAGUUGUUCCAAUUUGUAUUCGACAUGAGGCUGGAAGUUUACAAUGAAACAAAUGACAAAGCAGUUGUUUUGCAUCAGCUGUUAGUUUUCAUAGUUUUCCUUGACCAUUCAUACAUUUUAUGUCAUAAGGUUCUUUUCUUCAGUAGGGACAGGGAAGAUGGUCAGAGUACAUGGGAAGACAGAUGUGGCCAAAUGCAGAAUAAUACCGGAAGAAAACAUGCUAUACUGCAAAAUACUUUAAAUUGGGGCAAAGGUGCCAUUCCA